AUGCAUACUGGGUCAGAGCUCCCCAUACUGCUGGGUGUGCUGCUGUUGUGGGGACCUUUAGGGUCCAGGGGACAGAAUGACACAGAACCCAUCAUCCUAGAGGGGAAAUGCUUAGUCGUGUGUGACUCCACGCCUUCAUCUGAACCUGCUGGUAACGCCCUGGGCAUGUCCGUCCGGUCCGGCAGCGGCCGUGUGGCCUUCUCAGCCAGCCGUCAGACCAACCAUGAGCCUACGGACAUGAGCAACCGCACCAUGAUCAUCUACUUCGAUAAUAUCUUGGUGAACGUGGGCACUCAUUUUGACCAAGAGAGCAGUGUCUUCCUGGCGCCAAGAAGAGGGGUGUACAGCUUCAACUUCCAUGUUGUAAAAGCCUACAACAGACAAACUAUUCAGGUCAGCCUGAUGGUGAAUGGUUGGCCUAUGAUUUCAGCUUUCGCUGGGGACCAGGAUGUGACCAGAGAAGCUGCCACUAAUGCUGGCCUGGUGAUCAUGGAAAAGGGGGACAAGGCCUACCUCAGACUGGAGAGAGGCAACCUGAUGGGAGGCUGGAAGUACUCCACCUUCUCAGGGUUCCUGGUCUUCCCCUUAUGA